UCUCUCUCGCUCCGGUUGUAGGGAACGACCAUGGAUAAAAGUGAGCUGGUUCAGAAAGCCAAACUUGCCGAGCAGGCCGAGCGCUACGACGACAUGGCCGCGGCCAUGAAGGCCGUCACGGAGCAGGGGCACGAGCUCUCCAACGAGGAGAGGAAUCUGCUCUCGGUCGCCUACAAGAACGUGGUGGGCGCCCGCCGCUCCUCCUGGCGCGUCAUCUCCAGCAUCGAGCAGAAAACAGAGAGGAAUGAGAAGAAGCAGCAGAUGGGCAAAGAGUACCGGGAGAAGAUCGAGGCCGAGCUGCAGGACAUCUGCAAUGAUGUUCUGGAGCUGUUGGACAAAUACCUUAUUCCCAAUGCUACACAACCAGAAAGCAAGGUGUUCUACUUGAAAAUGAAAGGAGAUUAUUUUAGAUAUCUUUCUGAGGUGGCAUCUGGAGAUAAUAAGCAAACCACUGUGUCGAACUCCCAGCAGGCUUACCAGGAAGCAUUUGAAAUUAGUAAGAAAGAAAUGCAGCCUACACACCCAAUUCGACUUGGCCUGGCACUGAACUUCUCAGUCUUCUACUAUGAGAUUCUAAACUCUCCUGAAAAGGCUUGUAGCCUGGCAAAAACGGCAUUCGAUGAGGCCAUUGCUGAAUUGGAUACACUGAAUGAAGAGUCUUACAAAGACAGCACCCUGAUCAUGCAGUUGCUUAGGGACAAUCUCACUCUGUGGACGUCGGAAAACCAGGGAGAUGAAGGAGAUGCUGGGGAGGGAGAGAACUAAUGUCUGUUGUGCUUCGUGAUCUGUUCAGUGUCACUCUGUACCCUCCACAUANUAUCCCUUUGUG